AUGGCGUCAGUGCUUCCCAGUCUUUGCAUUCGAGAAAUACUUCUUGACCUAAGGGGCGAAUGGGCAGCUCUUCACGCCUGCAUAUUAAUAAAUCGUCAUUGGUGCAUAUUCUCCAUCCAGGAGCUCUGGAGAGAUCCUUUUUCUCUUUGUCGUGAUCGUGCCGAAAAAUCUCGUCACAUUCAACUGAUCUCCACCUAUGUGAAAUGUCUACCCCCAACAUGUCAAGAAGUGAAUGAUGCCGUCGCCACCACCACACCCUGUGCGUUUAAUUACUUUCAAUUCCUGUCUCGUCUGAGCACUGAGGAAGUUCUAUUUAGCACAAGAUUUUGGACAAAAGCCGCAUUCGAUGGUCAAAAUAAGACGGAGGAUACAUUAUUUAAGGUUCUCUGUCAACAAUUCAUUACCCAUUCGAAUAUUGAAAGCGUCCAUUUAUCGCGAAUCAUAAAUAUAUUUGAACUUCCCGGAACGGAAACUAGUUUAGCGAGAGUUCAGAGGUUCGAGUAUGACGGAUACUUACCGGAAUUAUUGGAUUCAGCGGCAAAGAUAUCCAGAGAUAUUCGUCAAUUUCGACUUUUUCUAGACGAUGAUUGCGAUGAGAUGAAUUUUGCGGCCCAAUUGAUAAGAUCUCAACGCAAAGUUCAGAAGAUAUCGCUCGGAUGCUGUGAAAUGAGAUUCCACACACUUUGGGAAAGCAUUGCGAUGCACGCGGAGACGAUGGUGUCCCUACGACUCAGUUCAAUAAAAUUCGAGAAACAACAACCAUUUUCGCUGAACGCCCUUGACAAUUUUCGGAAUCUUGAAGAAUUGGGAUUUGACUAUUGUAACAAUUUUACGGUAACGAUAAACGAGUUCAAUCUGUCAUCAUUCACAAAGAUCAACAAGCUGUCGGUGACGGCAUGCAAGCGGUUCCCCGCUGAAUUCUUGAUAUAUGUCACCCGACAGUCCAAAGAGCGAAUGCGACAGGUGGAACUGAUGUGCGUAGGACAUUUCCGCGAGGUCGUGGAGAGUUGCAUGAGGAAUUGCCAGAGGAUCACAAAAUUCAAGGCAUCAAUUGAUACAUCACAGAGUCAACACGUAAUCGAUUUAUUAAAAAAUUGUGAGACGGUGGAGGAUGUUCACCUUAAUGAUACACGAUUGAUGAAAAACUGGUUGCCAUCACGAUUUCUCAUACCUCCGGCAAUAGACGGGAACGAAUUUCUUAAGGAGUUGGGAAAAGUGAUGCCGUCAACAGUACACACAUUUAGGUACAAUUUAAAUUGGGAUUUUAGUCCGGAAAGUUUAAAAGAAUUUUUUGAUAACUGGAGGAUAAAGAAAUUGAAUGUGUUGGACUUUAACUUGUGUAAUUUUAUUUCUGACGAACAUCUUGAGGUGGUAUGUCAAUGUUUGGGCGGAGGAAGGUUGAGAAUGCUGAGUCUACAGAGGACGUUAAUGAGCAUUUCAGAACAAGGUAUUGAAAAGGCGAGUAAAGAGAUCGGAAAUAUUAUGUACUCGAAGAGUUUCAAAUGGUACGGGGAGGAUUUAUUGAGUGACUAUGAAUAA